AUGGACAACUAUUGUAAGGACCUUACCUUGAAGAACUUAAUUAGGGAAUUUCCUUAUGUGCAAGAACCAGAUGUAUCCUUGACGGAGAGAGGCCUUGUUGCUUUCUCAGCUGGCUCCACUCGGUUCUAUUCUUUUGCCGCCAUGGUUGUGAUUGCAAGGAACUGCCAUCAUCCAUCACUGCAAGGGAUUACGGCGACUUCUCCUUUCUGGCGUCCUUAUGGAUCACGUGUUUCAUUACAUCUGGCCCAUGCUAAAAAGCUAAAGAUGCUCUCCAGUGGGGAAUGUAAUCUAGGCCUCCACUCUGGUUUUGAAAGCCAUUGUAAGGUGGAGACCAGAGACAGCCCCUUCGGUGACGACAAGGCUCUGUUGGUCAGUGCUGCAAGGCUGGAGACGAUGCAAUAUCUUUGGAUGUCUUCUUGUUCAAUAAGUAAUGGUGCAUGUGAGCUGCAAGAUCAGGAGAUUCCGCCUAGUUUCGGGGGUAUUUGUUCAUUGAAAAUUAUCAAACUUGUAGAGAGCCCUCAACUUGAAGAUUUCUCUAUGAAGAUUUAG